UCGAAGUUGAAACCAAAAUCGUCUGGCCGCGAAGGGAAAAUGCAGAAGAGAAGGAAUCAAGGAUCGCCGUUGCCGCUGGCUUCUCCUGCUCCGGAGGAAAACGAUUCUCCGCAGGAAUUAACCAUUUUCAAGAACAGGAAGAGGAAUAUAGCUAACGCUUCGUAUUCCAAUUCGGCUUCUACUGCUCUCUUCAAUCUGCAAUCAACACCGCCCGAUCGCAAAACCCUAACCACCAUCUCCGAUCUCAAGCAGUUGGCGUCUUCUCGAUUGGAGGAUAUAAAGCGGAGCCUCAUCGAUCGCUCUCACUCUGAGAUUCUCAAGGAUCUCGAAGCCUCUCAGUCUCGCCUCCACAAGCGUUUCAAGAUCCAGACACAAGCAUGCCAGCAAGCAAUGGACGAAGCUGAAGGGGAAUGCAAGAAGAUGUCAGAGAAGAUCAACGGUAGUCGAGAAGCAAUGAAGGCUACAUAUGCAGAAUUCAUGGCAGAUGCACAAGCCACAGCUUCUCGUGUUUGCAAAACAUCCAUAUCGGAGCUUUCAAAGUCCUUUGAGAAAGGAAUUGACAAUCUCCGCGCCCAAUUUGGAAUCCCAAGCUAGAACUACUUCUGAAAGACAUUCCCUCUGGAUUUUCUGGUAUUGAUGAUAAACAAUCGGGCUUAUGGAAGGUUUCUGUAAUUAGCAGAGCGUUGAAAAACGACUGUUGGGUAAAUAGUACUACUAUUGUUGUCGUCAUAGCUGUUUCUGUUUUGAAAAGUGUAGGCUUAGCUAGAACAGAUAAAAACAUGAAGUUGUACCUUGUUCGUUGUUCAAUUUGUUCAUCUGAAAUAGCUGUUACGACUUUGUAACUCUGAAUUCCGUGAACAAUUCUACCUGGACUGGACAGUUUGAAGUCUUGAUUACUAAUAUUA